GAACACUAAUCCUCCCCUUCCGAACUCUCUCUCCUAUAAAACCCUAGCCUCUCUCCCAUUCUCUCUAUCUCUCUCUCACUCUCAUCAUCAGCAACUUGGAAACCCUAAUCUUCUGAUCUUUCUUCGAUUGUGCGCUCUUUGGUUUCUCUUUUGUUCUUGAUCUGCAAUGGAUGAGGAUUUUGAUUUCUCAGCUGGCGAUGAGAUGAUGAACGACGGCAUGGGUAUGCCCAAUGAACCCCCGGCUCUGAAGGUCGGUGAGGAGAAGGAGAUCGGCAAGGAUGGCCUCAAGAAGAAGCUCGUCAAGGAGGGUGAGGGCUGGGAAACCCCUGAGGUUGGCGAUGAGGUUGAAGUGCACUACACGGGAACGCUUCUCGACGGGACCCAGUUCGAUUCGAGCCGUGAUCGCGGGACGCCGUUCAAGUUUAAGCUUGGCCAAGGUCAAGUAAUCAAGGGAUGGGAUGAAGGAAUUAAGACAAUGAAGAAGGGAGAGAAUGCAAUCUUCACUAUUCCUUCUGAACUAGCAUAUGGUUCUUCUGGUUCUCCUCCCACAAUCCCUCCAAAUGCUACACUUCAAUUUGAUGUUGAGCUCCUCUCUUGGGCAAGUGUUAAAGACAUAUGCAAGGAUGGUGGCGUUUUCAAGAAGAUUAUUAAGGAGGGAGAGAAGUGGGAGAAUCCAAAAGACCUUGAUGAAGUUCUUGUGAAAUAUGAGGCCCGGCUUGACAGUGGAACUGUCAUCUCCAAGUCUGAUGGGGUUGAAUUCACUGUUAAAGAAGGGUUCUUCUGUCCUGCAUUGUCAAAGGCUGUGAAAACCAUGAAGAAAGCUGAAAAGGUUCUGCUCACUGUUAAGCCGCAAUAUGGAUUUGGUGAGAAAGGUAGGCCAGCCAGUGGUGAUGAAGGUGCUGUGCCACCUGGCGCAACACUUAACAUAGAUCUUGAGUUAGUCUCAUGGAAGACUGUCACUGAAGUUGGGGAUGAUAAGAAGAUUCUCAAGAAGGUGCUCAAAGAAGGAGAGGGUUAUGAACAUCCUAAUGAAGGGGCAGUUGUUAGAGUGAAAUUGGUUGGAAAGCUAGCAGAUGGCACGGUGUUUGUGAAGAAGGGUCAUGAUGAUGAGGAGCCACUUGAAUUUAAGACAGAUGAAGAACAAGUGAUAGAUGGACUUGACCAAGCUGUGUUGACAAUGAAGAAGGGUGAAGUUGCUCUUUUGACGAUCCCUCCCGAACAUGCAUUUGGAGCCACAGAAUCAAAGCAGGAUCUAGCUAUUGUUCCACCCAAUUCAACUGUGUCCUAUGAGGUCGAACUUGUCUCCUUUGAGAAGGAAAAAGAGUCGUGGGACUUGAACACUGCAGAGAAGAUUGAAGCAGCUGGCAGGAAGAAGGAUGAAGGUAAUGCCUUGUUCAAAGCGGGAAAAUAUGCAAGGGCUUCUAAGAGAUACGAGAAGGCAGCAAAGUUCAUUGAAUAUGACUCCUCGUUCAGUGAUGAGGAGAAGAAGCAGGCGAAAGCACUGAAAGUUACAUGCAACCUUAACAAUGCAGCUUGUAAGCUUAAGCUUAAAGACUACAAGCAGGCAGAGAAGCUUUGCACCAAGGUGUUGGAGAUCGAUAGCUGUAAUGUGAAAGCCUUGUACAGAAGGGCACAGGCAUAUAUACAUCUUGUUGAUCUGGAUUUGGCAGAGGUGGACAUUAAGAAGGCACUCGAGAUUGAUCCUAACAACAGGGAUGUGAAGCUGGAGUACAGAACUCUCAAGGAGAAGGUGAAAGAGUAUAACAAGAAAGAUGCGAAAUUCUAUGGCAACAUCUUUGCGAAGAUGAGCAAAUUAGACCAUAUGGAAUCAAAUAAGGAUGAGGAAUCAAAACAGGAGCCAAUGACCAUUGACAGUGCAGCAUAAUUAUAAGUAUGACCUUGUAGUGGAUGUCUGGUCGUGUGCCUGCCCCCUUUCCUUGUUAUCUUUUGAUUUCAUCAUGGCAAAGCCAUAUUUUAUGAAUUGCGGUGCUGUGAGUUUAACAGAACAUUUGCUAAGCUAAUAGCAACUUUCUUGUUAUGGUACUAUAAAACUGGAAACAUUGUUUCUUGCCUUUUAGUUUUAUAUAUAGACCAUGUACUCUGCCUUUGUUCUCUUUUCUGGGUUUUGUAUAAAUAAAGGCCAUAUUGUGUUUUAUA